AUGUCGCGCACAAACGCUCUAAGCCCAGACCACGUCCUGGAGCUUGCAACUGAUGCUUUACGUGACGAAGAACCGAGUCUCAAAACAUCCUUCGAAGCUGUUGCGCUGAUUGGCCAUGCCUGCAUGACAGCGGUAGAUUUCAGGUUGCUAGGGCUCGGCGAAGAUCAUAACUUAGAAUCAUCUACAGAGUCGCCCAUCCUUCCAUCACAAUGGAACACUAACUCAUCCUUUGCUUUUCGAUACGCCCAUGAACAGUCCUCGAUGGAAUAUCUUCUGAAAGUGAGUCGGCUCGGUAACAAAGCCGUUGUAAUGGCCCUCGCGCUGGGCGAUGAUCGUACUAGUUCGUUCGAUAUUCCCGUGAAAGACUACAUCUCCGAGUCCGCGCUCCCACUAUCAUCAACAACCAAUCUUACAGGUGCUCUCCAAGAUGUCUUCAUCUCAUCCGCUCGCCUCAACGACCUGAUCGGACUCUUUAAAAUCAACGUGAUCCAGAAGCUUGCCCCAGGAAUAUACAAGGAAGGUUAUGAAGGUUCAACUCGGGAGUUUCAGGAGGCACUCCGCCAACAGCCAGAAGACAGACCACGCCGGGAUCCUCUGCGAGAUGAUUCUAUGCCCCAGCCUGCUCGUCCUUACCCAUUUGACGAUCCCCUGGCUGCCGCACCCCGUCGGCCUAACCCACCAGGUGACUUUGCGCCUCCAGGAUUCGAGGAUGAGUUUGAAAUCCACCGCCCUCCACGUGGAGGUCUUCCAGGUUUUGGUGGCGGAAGAAGCCCCUACAAUAUUGGUGAUCGAGACCUUUACCCCGCAGGAAUGGGACCCAAUGAUCCCCUCCGAGGACCCAUGGGCCCUGGAUUUGGAUCAGGCGGUGGCGGUAUGCAUCCUUCCCUGGAUGACCCUCUCUUCGGGGGACCUGGCGGCAGUGGUGGGUAUGAUCCUCGUGCACCACCUGGAGCCAGAUACGAUCCUCCUGGACCGGGCGCUCCACCACUCGGUCGUAACCGCGGACCGUUCGGUGGUCCUGGUGGAGGUUUCGGUGGGGGAUUUGGCGGCGGCGGCAUCCUCUAA